AUGGAAGGUCAUCAGGUCCCGACCACAGUCAAAUCCGAAGGAAACAAGGGCGGAGGGUCUCGUGUCGCCACAGCUUCCGGAGUACCGAGGUAUGGUCAUUUCUGUCGUUUUCGAGGAGUUUUUUCCCAUGCGUUGAGUUCGUAAUGGAAUUGUCUAUGAUACGGCUUCGGUAGUAUAAAUUUCAAGGAAGAAAUCUCUGUAGUUCUUUUUGUAAAUUUUUUUGUGGAACAAAGGGAUUUUUUUCUAUAAAUUACAAGUAUUUUGGAUUACUCUACAUGGAAAUAAAAAUCUUAUUUAUGUAAAUUAUCUUGAAAAAAAGAGAAGAAAUUGUAGAAAUGGCAAAAAAAUGGCUGGGCGCUGAGAGGAAUCGAACCCUUGACCUUUAAAUUAUAAAUUAUAACUUUCUACUACUUAACCACGAUACAAAACUCCGUCUUGGUUAUUUUAUUAUUCAAUCCCGACUUUAUCAGAUCCUAGAGCCGUUAGAAGGCGCUGAAUCAUUUUUUUUUUCACAAAGUUUCCAUUUUUUUUUAUCCUUUGCUUAAUUUCAAGCAUAAAAUAACGUGAUAUACCACGAACUCUGCUGAUUUCAUGAAAUAACAUCAAAAUUGUCUCUUUUCCGUCUCAAACACAAGUGUUUGGGUUUCUCACCGUACUUCAAUAUUUCGCCAAACUUUUGAUCGGCUUCGGAUUCUCUUAAACUUUUCUUUUGAACUCUAUAUCUCUCAUUCUCUGAAACUUCGAUUCCCCUCUGCGCUGGGCUAUUUAUGCCAUUCUUCGAACUUUAUUUGAAGCUCAAACUCUGAAAAAGAUACUGAAAGGAAAUCAAGUCAAUAGUUUAGCGCAGUGCCUAGUGAGCUUGUCUCACAAUACAAUGGUGAAUGGCUCGGUUUCCAUCGGUGUUUGAUCGUUUUUGCCAUUUUCCUCGUCUUUCCCCUCAAAAAUACUUUUUCAGAAUGGUUUUCGCGGAAAUAGUCGGAACUCUUUCGUUCCUCCAACCGCAGGCCGAUGACGAUAUUUCUGAUCGCCUUCAUUACUAUUACACGACGACUUUUCUACUUUUAACAGCUGUAAUUCAAUAAUUUUCCUUUUAUAAAUUAUCUAAAAUAGGUUUUAAUAUCGUUGAAAAUGUUUGGCGGUCGGCCAAUCGAAUGUUGGCUUCCAGCCGAGUACAAAAGCAGCUGGGAGGAUUAUACAGGUAAUCUCAAAUAACUCACUAAUCAACUAAUCAAACACCUUCAGAAAUGUACUGUUGGGCGCGGAAUACCUACUUCGCGGCUUUCGACGAUGAAUUACCGGAAGUUAGCCGGCGCGAGAAUACGAUGGUGAGUUAGCGCAGUCGGUAGCGUUCUAGCUCCCAACUCCAAAGGUCGCUGGUUCGAGCCCAUCCACGUUUUUUGUAGGUCUCCUACUAUCAAUGGGUCCCUUUUUUCCUCGUUGUCGUCGCUUUUAUGUUCUAUUCACCGUGUCUUUUAUGGAGGCUACUUUAUGAUAAAUCUGGUUGGUUUUUUUGAUUUUUUUCUGAAAAAAAUAUAUUUUUUUAGGAAUUCGGUUGAAAGAUAUCAUGGGCUUUGCCAAUGACAAGAGCAAUGUUCAACCAGGUUUUGAAAAAAACCUUUUUUUCUGACAAAAAAAUUAUAUUAAGCUCAACGAAGAGCCAAUAUCAACGGCUUGGCCGCCCAUUUAUCCUCGAUUUUCAAGCACCGAUUUCGUUUCGGCUCCAAACAUCCGUAUCAUCACAAGUACGUGAGAUGAAACUUGAGGAAGAUGGACGCAUUUGGAAUGGCUAGGAGCGCUCCCAACCAAAAGCGGAUUGCGCAAAAAAUAUAAAAUUUCAACUUGUUCGAAAUCGAAAAAAAAAAUCAAGCCGCAGCGCGACCGCGACGCUUUAGAAAGCCAUUACAAGUGCAACUAAGAUUCAUUGUUUUCUAUUCAGUCGCAUUGGGAAUGGCUAAAAGUUUUCCGACCAGAAACGGCUUGUGUGGGAUGGCUUUCAAGGUCUGCUUCAAACUUUUAAAGUUUCAACUUUUUUGAAACCUGAAAUAUCAAGCAGUAGCGCGACCGCGACGCGUUAAGAAAGCCAUACUGAAUUCAGCUAAGGUUUAGUGUUAUCUAUUUAGCCGCGUUGGGAAUGACUCAGGGCGUAACGGUUGCUCGCUUGCGCCCGACUUGAUUUGACCCGUGAUCGGAGAUAUAAAUAGUGGGUAAAUUCCAACUGCCCCGCUUCAAGAGAUUUGGAGUGCUGCUAUUUUUUAUAUGUCUUCAAGUUCAUUUUUCAAUUUCAGAAUAUUCAAAUUCCUGAACCUUCGUUUCUACGAAGCCUACCUCACAUUCCUCUACCUCGGCAUCAAAUUCUUGUUCCUGAUCAAUGUCUUAUUACAGGUUUCCGUUUGAGGAAAAUCUUCGCAUACUGAAAAAUAUAUUUAGAUGUUUUUACUGAGCCGAUUUUUAGAGAUGAACUCGAGGGGGUUUUAUGGCUAUGGCCUAUUUUUCGAUUUGGUCACCGGGAAAGGUUAUUUUUUCUUCAUUUUUCAAAUAACAAUUUCAAAAAGGACAAUUUCGAAAGACUAGUCUGACUUCAGAAAGAUUUUUCAAUUGGGGAAGUAGAUAUCGGCGGAAUAGUGUGUAAAAAGAAGAUAUUCAGACAUCUUCAGCAAGUCAAAACAUUUCUUUAUUAUCUUUAUGAGAUAUAUUGGAGUUUGAUUUUUUUAAGAAUGUUCAAAUUUUGAGAUUCUCUCGCAAGCCAUUUUUCGUUCGAAUUAGUAGAAGUUCAAAAAUAAUGGGGUAGGAAGCUUGAAAUACCGUUUUCUUCAACCUUGGCUUGCAAACACGAAAUACCUCAAGUGAGCACCUGUUAAAUUAAUUGUUAAACAGGCUGUUAAUUUUCUGAUCUCUUUUUUCUCUAUCUAAUCAGCAGUUUUGCUUCACUUUUCUAUCUUGAAUAAUUGAAAAACCUUUUGAAGCGGCUGAAAAAUCUAAGUACUCUGUAGGAAUCUAUUAAAAUGUAUGCCUUAAUUGAGAUUUCUCUUUUUUUCGCGCUAUCGACUUUUUUGAAUUAACAGAAAUUUUUUUGUGUUAAUAUCAAUUAUAACCUUUCCAAAUAGAUUUCCUUAAAUUUCUUGAUACUGCAAAUUUCAGGCUGGAAAGAAUCGCCGAACUUCCCGGUUGUCACUUAUUGCGAUAUGCAAAUUCGGAUAUUGGGACAGGUUCAAAGGCAUACGGUUCAAUGUGUCCUCGUCAUUAAUAUAUUCACUGAGAAGGUGAGAAACAAAAUGAGCGAAAGGGAAAAAACAGCCGUGGAAAUGUGGGGCUUGUGCGCUCUGGCUAAUUCUUUCUACUUGUCGGUUAGAUGAAGUUAGAAAUUCACCAUAGCUUAGUAUAGGGGGCGCAAAGCCCCGCCCCUUCACGCCACCAAAAUGACGAUUUUUUUGUUGCAAAAACGGUUUUGAGGCGUUUAUACUAGCUAAAGUCCCUCUUUAAAAAAAUGAACUGUUUCUGUUAACCUAUGUAAUCGACAACGCUCUACAAGACUCAAUAUUUUUUUAAAAACUAUGUAUUUUUUUCAAAAAUUAAGCGAAAAAAAGUAAGAUUUAACACGAAAAAAACUGACAAGUUUCACAAAAAUCGUCGCGUUUCAGAAAACCAAGUGAGGAACGCUUCUGAAUUUUGAGUAUGUUAUACAUUAACACUUUCUUUAUUUUUUUGAGUGAAAAUGAAAAAAAUCUACCGACGCGAAAAAAAUAUUAAAAGCUUGUAAAGUGACAGCAAACUUUGAAGCUGAAAUGCGAAAAAAAUUUUUCAGCGACAUGGUAUACUUUUUAUUUGAUUUAAAAACUAACAAAGUGUCCAAAAAAAUAAAAAAAUUCAAAAAUGAAAAAUAAUUAUUGGGACAGCGAAUCAAAUUAUAUUUGAAUUUUACCAAAACCUCCUUUUUUCGCCUGCCUCGUUGACGCAUGAGAGAAUAGGAUCGCGUUUAUACUUUUGAUCAGGUUAUUAAGCGUUCAAAAACUCUAUCAAUGAAAAAAAUUAUGAAAAAAAUCAAACGACGCGAAAAAAAUAACGGCUCUAAAAAACCUCGAAAAAAAUGUCAAUUUUUUUGAAAUUUUGGAAGAAUUCGUGCAAGCGUCCGUAGCAGUGUUUGCGUCCAACACACCGAUGCGCCCUUUUAAAUGUCGCAGGAGCCGUUUUUUUCGGAGUCAAAUUGCACAUUUUCCUGUUUUAUUUCGAAAUAACAUUAUUUUUUUCAUUUUUUUCUUUUUUUAAAAACCAAAUGAUAAUAAUUUUUUUCUCAUUAGAAAAAAAGAAAAAAAUAAGCUAAAAAAAUUCCUUCUGACCUUUUUUUCUAAGUAGUUUUUUUGAUAUUUUAUCAAAAAAAUUCUUAUGAGGAUUGUACAAAAGAUUCAUACCAAAACAUGAAGCUCAGUCCGGACAACCUCUCAGAACAGAAAACCGAUUUGAAAACGGUUCAGAAAUGCGCAAAAACAUUUAAAAAGAAAGCGUGCGGCAGCGGGUAAACCGUGAGAUUUUGCCUCCAGUUGAACGCCGAGCGCGCUCGUUUUUUGGCCAUAACUUUUUUCUUAGUGGAGCUUUUUUCAAAAACUAAACGGAUUAUGAAAAUGGACAGUCUCCUCUAUCGAACAAUGUGAAAAACAUAUUUUUUGAAUCGUUCUGAAGAAACGGCUUGCGGUCCCUAGCUUAGUAGUCAUUCGCUAUCAAAAGCUUUGAAAGUUAACAAGAAGUUCGUCAUGAACAACUUCUGAUUGGAUGGCCACGCCCCUUUUUUUAUACAAAUUUUUUCGUGGCUCGAAAGUCGUCAUCCUUUAACUUUGAGCGUUUACAUCAUUUUUUUAAAAUCAAAUUUCAACUUUUUUUUUUCCUCUAGAUUUUCUUCAUGUUAUGGCUGUGGUACUCGCUGCUGGCGGUGGUCUCCUUCUGCUCGAUAAUUUCUUGGAUUUUCUCCUCGCUUCCUUUCGAACAACGCAAGAAAUUCGUGGCUCGACGGCUGGAACUGGCCGAUGUCUCUUUCAAGAAGGGAAACUUUGUCAAUGAACUGGAGGAGGUUGGGAAAUGCUCUUAUUUUGAGUGAAAGCGGCUCGGAAAAUGACUGAGAGGUCAAACCCUAAAGUGUCCGCUAAAAGUUUUCCCUUUCCGAGACCAUUCAAAAAUUAAAAAAAAACGACCUGGCUGCUUGGAGUUGUGAUUAGGUCUAAAAAUAUUUUGUUGAACUGUUUUCAAAACAUUUAAGUCUCUACAAGGUCUUGAGACAGAAAAAAACCCUCUUUUCCUUGGAAAAACUUUAGUGGCCACCACUUAAGAGGCCUCUCAGGACCACCUUUAGUGGACACUAAACUGGUCACUUUAACUACCUCUAUAAAAGCCACUACUUUUCGUCUUAGUGUCGACUAUAGUCUCUAGUACCACUUAAACUUCUAAAGUGACCACUUAUUCUUAGCAAAUAAAGAGGCCAUUAUUUCGACUACUAGAGAGACUACUGAACGUCAAAACGCUAAAAUGGCCACUAAACAUUUUCCCAGUUUCAAAUUACAACUGCUCAUGGGACUUUGCUGUUUCGCUCUUUAAAUGUGUAAGCCGCCACGAAUUGGUAUUUUUCCUCUCAGAGAUUUUUGUGUGGAGACCCAAUAUUCUUUAUUAGUUUUUCAAUAUUUUUUGCCCAAGUUUUGAAUUUUUUCCAGUUUGUCCGAGACUACGUGAAGAUGGACGGAGUUUUCGUCCUGAAAAUGAUAACGAUCCAUUCCGGAGUUUUAAUUUGCACUGAAGUUGUCGACACCAUGUGGGACCAGUUCCUCGCCGAGCAAGGUCAGUUUUUCCUUUUCCUCAACAUUUUUGAUUUCUUCUGUUUUUUUGUCCGCUUUUGUUAUGUUAUGAAAACUUUUGAUGGAUUUCCCGAGUAAAAUAAGGCGAUUUUCCGUUUCAGUUCUAGUUCAAAAUGGUGUGGCCUUCCUAUUUCAUAUUACAAUUUUGUUACAAAUUUUCAUGGGAUUUUAAAGCUUUUUUUUUGAGUUUUAAGAUUUCUUCAGAAGUUCUAUAAAUACAGGCUUCUUGACAGUUCAAUAAUCGAUAAAGUUUUUUUUUUUGCAAACUUUCGAGCAAUUGAGCCUAAAAAUGUGUGAUCUGCCAAAAAUAAUCAGACACGCGACGCGGUCGCGUCGCGGCCUAAAAUCAGCCGAGUCUUCAGGUCACGAGGUGAUUACGCAGUUGCUCGACGAGGGCAAGGAGGGCGAUGAGAGGGCACCUUCGGGACUCUCCAUCGACAACUACAAGCGGAAGACGUCCGUCCUGGUCCCGCUCGUCAGUCGCGAAGACCUCAGUCAGCCUCCCGUCGAUCAAUAUCUGAGGCCUCCCAGUAGUCGGCUACAGUAA